AUGAAAGGUGACAAUACAUUUCGUUUUAUGAGAUAUAGAGAUGAAAUUAAAAGGAAGGUUGUUGUAUCAUUCAAAACCAAUCACUUUGAUGGCGAGGAUUCUUUAGAUAGUUAUUUUGCUUCAGCCGUUGAGAAGUGGACAAAUAGUAGUUCAAGUGAACAGUUCAUUGCAUUUCGAAGGAAAAUCGCUCCAUACGUCUUAAGCCUGAAGUUAAUUAUUUUUCAUCAAGAUUUAAUAUGUCAAGAGCUGAAAACAUUUUGGGAACAGUUAGGUGAUACUUGUUUGCCACCAGCUUUAGAAAAGUUUGUGGAUAAAAUUGCGUUGUUCCAUACUUUGGAAGAAAUGAUUGAAAACCCUGAGUGCCUUGGAGCUGUGUUAGUAGAAAUGUUGUCAGGUGUCGGUGAAAAAGUGCAUACGACUUCUUUGGAGAUUCUUCCUUGUUUAUUAGAUUCUCUGUUUAGCUUAAGCUGCGAUAGUAAACAAUCUGUACAGUUGGAUUGUAAUAGCCACAAAAAUGAAAAUAACCCACCAGAUGUUAGCAAUGCCUCCAUGAAGAUGACAAGUCCAGUGAACGACUGCUGUUCAGUUUCGAAAAGCGUUAUUGCUGUCAGUUAUUCACUGUCACAAUUGGUAAAGCGGUCUCCAUCUUCUGAACAAAUAAACUACGUUAUUCAACAUUUGGCCCGUCAAUGUCAGCGCUUAUCAUCUUUUCCUAAUCUUCAAUAUUUUCGCGAAUAUCUCACACUUCUGACUAGUUUCAUCCAGUCACUUGCGAAAUCUGAAUUUAUGUCUUUAUUUGAAGAAAAUAUUAGCAAGAUCCUUAUAACUUUGAACAACUGUUAUUCAUCACCAGACGUGCUCAACUUAUGUUGCGUUUUCCUACAGUCUGUAUCUACAAGAUACAAUCCUUAUGACUUCGUAAAAUCAGUAAUUCAGUGUAAAACUCAAACAUUAGAAAGUCGGUUUGAACUUUUGAAAAACUUGGCAAAUUGGCAAUACUUUGAUAGAGAUGUUUCACCAAAUAUUAUUCAUCUACUGUUGGAUAUUCAUAAUCUUCGUAAUGCUAAUCUUCCUUCUUCGUGUACAUUGUGUAUAUUUGAUGCAUUGUUUCGAAUAGGACUUGUGAAAGAAUUAAUCCCAUUUGAAGAUGGUAUCAUUUGUGAUUUCAGCUGUUUAUCUAUCGAUUUCACUUAUAUUGUUGGUUCAAUUUAUGAUGAUACAACAUUGAGAUCCGAUGUUCGUGAUAUUAUUGAUUGGUUUGUAUCACCACUUCGUUUACUUUCAGAACGUAAUAUCACAAUUGACAAAAAAUGUUGUGGAUGUAGAACUGAAUUACAAGUUCCUUUAUCAAUCCCAAUAUUUUGUUUACCACUAAUUAGAUCUUAUCAUAAUUUAUAUCCAGAAUAUUGUUGUAUCCUCUUACGUAUUAUUGAUAUUCUCGUUCAUUUAUUGAUUACUAAUAAUGAUUAUAAACAAUAUCUAUUCAAUCAUCAAGAUAUUCUACAUGGAAAUUUAUUACCAUUGUUAAUGUCUUCAAGUCAUCAGAUAAGAUUACAUGUUCUAAGAAUUCUAUUCGUAAUCAAUGGUGGUUUAAGCAAUUCUACUGAUGAUAAUAAUAAUAAUUGUUCAAAUGAUGAACAAUAUAACUCUACUGUACAAAAUAUUAUUGAAAGAUGUUUAAAAGCUGAAAAAAUACAACUUGGACAUCAAACUGUACGUGAUUUUCUAAUGCAUAUACUUCAAUUACAUGCUGAUCGUGAUGUGAAAUAUUGUCGACAAGCGGCUGAGAUUGCUAUUCAUUAUUUAUUUGGUCUACUUCAUGUUCAAUUCACUGCUAUUUGGUCUCCAAUAAAUGAGGCUAUUGCAAGUUAUUGUGAAUCAAAUUCAUUAUUAAAGAAAAAAUCUACUAAACAUGAAAAUUCAUCUCAUGAAUUAGAGAUUAAAGAGAAAAAUUGGAAUAUUGAAUGUAGAAAUUUAUUCUGGAGUGUAUUUCAACCAUUAUUAAUGGAUAUAGAGACAAAAAUUGUUCAUAACAACAAUGAGGAUUUAUCAAAUGUUUCAGAUUCUAAAGAAACAAAUCUCUACACUUGUUCAUAUGAAACUGCCAUCAUAUGGUUCACAUCAAUUCGUCCAGAUUUAUAUAGUGUACAAAGAAAAACACCUAAUAAUCAUUGGUUAGUUAUUGAAUCGAGAAAACGUCCAGAUUGGUUAUCUUAUCGAUUAUGUUUAUGGCAGUGUUUACGUUGGAAAAUCGCUGCAAAAUAUACACAUUUUCUUACACCAUUAUUAUUGAAUAUGAUUAGUUCUGCUAUUCAAUCUGGUUUAAAUAAGUCAACAGAACAACUUCUAUUGACUAUCCUGAAUUUGUACUCUCAAUUCAAUAAUAUCAAAUCAAUUUAUAUGGAGAAAGAGUUCAAACAAAAUAUUUACCAAUUAUUAAAAUUUAAACAACCCACUAUACAAAAUGCAGCAUUCAAAUGUUUACUGGCUUAUAAACAAUCGGCAAUUAAUAAUUAUCAAGAACAAAUAGAAAAGAUUAUUAAUCCACAAACAUUUCGUGAUUCAGUGCGAACAUUUCGACUGGACACAUCUUUGUACUCUUCGGAACAUCGUGAACAAAUUGGCGAAGUUUUGUUACGUAUAUUAUACGGUCGAUUACAAUUGUCCAAAGGUCAAUUCACAUCAGCUGUAUUCACUAAUUUAGCACAAUAUACAAAUUCUGAAUUGAAUUUAUUUCUAAGCUUUUUAUUAGAUCCAUUUGUCAAAGAAACAGAAUGUAUUCAGUUGUCUACCAGUACUUUUAGUCCUACCGCUAUCUCAUUAAGUGAUUGUAUUCAAUCGGCUCGACAACGUGUUCAACAUACAAUUGAUGGUAAAGAUACAUUAUCCUGGUCUCGAUUACAUGCAUUAUCACAAAUUAUCAAUCAAACAUUAAAUUAUAUGGGUCAUCGUUUAAAUAUUAUCCAUUUAAAUGAGAAUGGAGACGAUCUUGUUGAGAAUUCCAAUCCAAUAGAACUUUCCAAUAAUAUUCAACGUGCUGAUAUUCUAUUACGUUUAGCAUUAUCUUUAUUAGCUAUGGUGUAUGAAGUAAAAAAGAUUAAAUUAGAAUCAACUAAUCAUAAUCAUCAUAAUCGAUUACCUUUAACAUCUCAAUUAAAAGCUGUACGUUUAGCUGCUAUCAAUUUACUUGUCCAUUUAUUCUCAUCCAAUUGGUUAUGUGAAAUUGAAUUUUGGGGUAAAUCAACGAUCACUGAUCUGGAUCUGGAUCAAAUUGUUUCGUCAUCAUCAUCAGCAGAAGCAGAUCGUUCAAUCAUUGUCAAAGAAAUUUGUUGUAAUACAUUUCUAUUAAAUGAUUUAAUUCAUAGUUCUACAUUAUCAUUAAAUCAUUUAAUUAUACAAUUAUGUUAUAUAUGGUCUAAAUCAACAAUCUAUAAUGGGUAUUUAUGUAAGAAAUUUUUUAAUCAAUCAUUAUUGGAUACAUUAUUUAAACUAUUAAAUAUGAAUAUGAAUACUACUAACAAUACUACUAAUACUAAAUUGAAAUUGAAGAAUGAGAUUAUUGAAAAGCUUAUAGAAAUUAUCCAUAAUUUAACAUUUCUACCUGAUGUAUCCACUACAGGUCGUGUAUUAUUACAAUCUUUCCAUUCGGAAUUAGUCAAUUAUUUAAAUAAACGUUUACAAGAAUUAUGUCAAGUGAAAUCGACAUUUUUUGCAAAUCUUGGCAAAAAACCACAAUCAGGUUUACGUUUACAACGUGAAUUUCAAUUAGUCAGUUAUUUAGCUCAAUUACCUUGUCAUUCAAUUAGCAAUAAUAAUCAUGCAGUUAUGAAUCAGUAUACCAAUAUAAAUUGUUUGACAUCAGUUGAUAGUGAACGAUUACUUCAAGCAUUAUUACAAUUACUUCAACGUUCAUCAAUUCGUUCAUUGCGUAAUACCACUUUGACCACUAAAUCAGCAUCAUUUAAACAUCGUGUAGCUAAUAAUCUCUUAGUGAAUUCAGAUGAAUCAGCUAUACGUUAUGAUUUACAGAUGGCUACAGGUGAAGUGGUUGAAGCAGAACUUAUACAAUCUAUUCUUCAUCUUGUACAGAUUACAACAAAUAUUACUGAAUAUUUAAAAAAAAUAUUGGAUUUAUUUGUUUGUUCUAAAUCACGUAUUGCUCGUAGUCUCCUAUGUCAAGUAGUCAGUGUUUGUACAUCACGUUUAACAAAUUGGCCAAUGAAUCUAAUUGAAAUGAUUGAAAAGUUGAAUAAGAAUACUAAAGAGGAUAGUAAAGAAGAAACUGAUCAAGUUAAUAAUAAUUUAAGAUAUUUCAAGAAAUAUUUAUCAGAUCAUAAUCAAUCAACUGAUGCAAUUAAUAAUCUAACUCAAAAUGUACUAUUAAUGUUAAAUUCAUGGGAUCUUACACAUAUUGAUCAACCAGAUAUUCAUCAACGUGCUAAUGGUUACAAUUUACUUAUUGAAUUAUGUAUAUUAAUAAAAAUGAAUAAUCCACCAGAACAAUUAUUAUAUUUACAUCAAGCUGGUUUAAAUUGUGCUAUUUAUACAAUAAGUCAUGAUGAAUUACAUUUACGUGAUAUUGCAUUAGAUUAUACAAUACAUUGUAUUGAAUCUAUUCAAUCAAGAUUAUUAAUGAAACAAGAUCAAGAUCCAAAUGUUACCAUAGAUACAGAUCAAUAUUAUCAUGAAUUAAUUAUCAAAGGUUUAUGGUUAAAUUUAAUGAAAUAUUUACAAGAUAUAAGUGUAUUAUCUAGUACAAAACGUUUACAUUUAUUACGUUUAUUAAAUUGUAUUAUACGUACAUAUCAAUUAAGGAGAAGAUUUUAUUCAUUAGCAUUAUUAUUAGAUAAUUAUUCAAUGAAUAAUGAUUUUUAUAUGAAUUUACAAAGUGGUACAUUAAUACGUCAAUGUUGUGCAAUACGUCGUUUAGCAUUGUUCUUACAUAAUCCAUUAACGAUUAUAUCACGUCGUCAAUUGAAUAAUCAUCCCUUAGCAACUAAUAAUCACAGUAACAAUAGGGGUAAUAGGAAUAAUUUCCCUAUAUCACAAAAAGAUUUACGUAAUAUCUUUUUACCAAUUAUAUGGUUUUAUUUAGAAUCAGAAUUCAAUUCAUCUAUUGAUUAUAAUAAUAUUAAUAAUAAUAAUUUAUCAGAUAAUCAUAAAAAAUUAAUUGAUUAUUGUUUAGAUGCUAUAGAAGGGAUAGCAAAACAUUUUGAUUGGAAAUAUUAUCGAUUUUUAAUAGAAUCAAUAAUUCAUCGAUUAAAUUCAUGUAUAAAUAUUCAUUUAAUAUCACAAAUUAUGAUACGUAUAAUUGAUGCAUUUCAACCACCAAAAUGGAAUACUUCAAUAGAUACUAAUGAUGAUAAUGACGACGACGACGACGGCGGCGAUAGAGAACAAGUGGAUGAUGAAGAAACCAAAGAAAAGAAACAAAAUAUUGAUGAUCAUUUAAAGAGGAAACAAAAAGUUUCUACUGAACAAGGAGAAAAUUCAAUGAUUCUUAAUUAUAUGCUUAAUGUGAUUAAACGAUUAGAACCAUUUAUCAUUAAACCAAUAAAAACCAAUAAUACUACUGAAUUAAUGAAUAAUAAUCAGCAUCAAAAAAAGGAUAAUCAGAAUCAGAAUCAACCAUUGAAAAUCUCAUUAGUUAUAUCAUUAGUGAUGUUGCUAAGACGUUUACCAUCAGGAUAUCUUGAAUCACGUUUACCUCAUCUUAUUUUACGUAUUAUGGAUAUUUUAAGACCAUCACGUGAUAUAAAUUAUCAAAUACGUUAUGAAGCAAUCAAAUCAUUAUCACGUAUUGGACGAUUAUUAGGUCCAAGUAAAAGUUUAGAUAAAUUAUUUGAUAUUGUUCAUCAACAAUUAGAUCGUGGUGGUUAUACAUAUUGGCAAGUAAGAUUAUAUACAUUACAUCGUGUAUUCAAUGAAGUAGAACAAGCUAUCAUAUCCGGUGAAGUAUCUUAUAAAUCUGGUCAAUUAGAUUAUAUUGGUCGUAUUAUGAGUCGACUUUAUUUAGAUGAAAUGAUUGGACGAUUAGCUGAAGAAAUUGAUUCAAGACGUUCAGCUAAAUUGUCAAAUACAAAUAAUAAUGAAUUAAGUGGAUCUAUUCCUAUGGAUUUACCUGAAGGAAAUGGAUUUAAAUCUCCAGAAGGUGUUACACGUUUAUGUAGAUUAUUAUCAAAUGAAGGUAUUAUUCAAUUAUUUACAGAUAUUAAAAUGGCACUUCAUUGUGCUGCAUCCGGUACUUCACUUGGAUCCAUAUUGAAUAAUAAUACUAAUAAUAAUAAAUCAUCAUCAUUAAAUGAUUCUGUCGGUUGUGGUAUACGAUUUCGACAUAAAGCAUUAGCUAGACUUGAAUGUACAUUAACACGUCUUCCAAUGAAAACUGGAUUAUUUUCUAAUAAAUAUAUUCAAUCUCAUUUAAAUCUUAUUAUUGAAUUAUUUCAACAAUUAGUUCAUGAUAAUCUUGAAGAGAUUACAAUCACUAAUCUAGAUUUCAAUGAAACCAAUACAACAACAAUAAUAAUCGAUAAUCAUCAUCAGCAUAGUAACAUGAUCACCGGUUGGUAUCAACCUCAAUCGAAAUUAUUAGAACCACGUUGGAAUUAUUUAGAAUUAGAUUAUGAACCAAAACGUGAAUAUCAUUCAUUGAUUACACAAUCUGGUUUAAAACAAUCAUAUUUAUUAGUAUGUUGUGGUUUAUCAUUAUUUAUUGGCCUGAUACGUUAUCAAUGGUUAAAACAAGAUCAAUUAGAUCAAUUACAAUUAUUAAAUCAAUUUCUACCAUCGAUUAUUACAUGUCUUCAAUCGAAAUAUAUUCAAGUUUUAAAUAUCACUAUUAAAUGUAUACGAUUAUUUUUAUUGAUUACAUCAUCCAAAUCAAUAAUCAAUCAAAUAUCGAAAUUUUCUGAAUAUAUUCAUAUAAUUGGUAAUCAAUUAUUUAAUUUAUUAAGUAAUCAAUCAUAUUUAUUCUCAAAUAAAAUUGGAUCGAUUAGUUGCCAUGCACAACAUUUCACCAAGAAUUUAUAUUGUACAUUAGCUUUAUUAGUUAAUCAUCAAUCUAAUUAUCCAUUAUCUAAAGUACAAUUAUUAACCUUAUUAAAUAUUGUUGAUAUUGAAUUAACGCAUAAUCAAAAUGAAUCAAUGAAUUCAUCAUUAACAUUAUUUAAUUCAAUAUUAAAACGUCGUUUACGUGAUCCAAUUAUUCAAACUAAUGAGAAUGAUACUUUACCUUUUAUAAAAGAUCCUAAUUUAUCAAUGAAUAAUGAAGGAUUAAUUAUUGCUAAAUUAUCCGAUCAUAAUUAUGAUCCCAAAACGGGUAGUGGUGGUGGACAACGUUUACUAAAUCUAUUUUAUCGAUUACAAUUAUUAUCAAUUACAUCAUCGUCGGAACAAAUACGUAAAGAAUCCUGUAAUUGUUUAAUGACAUUUUUAUUAAAUUAUCCGCAUCAAUUAAAAUUUCUACAACAAUUUAUACAAUUUUAUAUAAAACAAUUAGAAUAUAAAAAAUCAAUUGGACGAUUAUCAGCAAUUGAUUUAUUGCAUCAUCUUAUUGAUCAAUUACCAAUUACACGUUUUAUUGGUAAACAAAAUCAAUAUUUAGAUGAAAUGAUUUUUUUAAAUGUUAGCGUUGCUAUUGAACGUGAAUCAUCAAGGAAAUGUCGUCGGAUUUUAUUAAAUUUUCUUAAUUUAUUAUUUAAUAAAUUACCAUUAGAUUUAGUAGAUCAUUAUUUCAAUGAUUAUGUAAUAGGCUUUUUAACUGCUCCACCAAUGACAAGAUGUUCAGCACGUUUACUUAGUUUACAAAUCAUUAUAUCAUUAUAUAAUAGUCCAUUAACUAUAGUGAUUAAACAAUAUCGUAAUCAAUUAAUCGAUAUUAUCAGUAAUGAUAUAUUACCAUGUGGUAUGAUCCAAUUAGAUCGAUUGAUACAAUCGAAUACAUUAUUAAUGAUAUCUACUGGUUUAAAUGAAUUAUAUAAUAAAAGAUCUAUGAAAACACCAAAAGAAGAAUGUAAUUUAUCAAAAAUUAUAAAAGAGGAUGCGAAAUGGAUGAGUGAAAUAGAAUUGCCUACAAAUGCUUAUACAGACGACGACGAUGAUGAUGAUGAUAAUGAUGAUGAUGAUGCUUCGAAAUUGUCAAAAGAUGAUGAUAAAGAAGAUAUAGAUUUCAGUGAUGAUGAUGAUGAAGUUGACAAUGUAGAUUUAGAUUAUGAUGAAGAUACAAAUCUUGAUCCGUUUACUUCUGCCACAUUUAAUAAUGAAAAUAUUGAAAAUAAUAAACAUUCUAAUGAUACUAUACAAUCUCAUUCAACAUCAUCUAACAAAGAACUUAAAUGUUCAAAAUCGGCUAUUGACAACCAAUAUUUCUUAGUUGCUCAUACAUUAGAGCAUGCUUUAAAAUUGGUUUAUCAGUUAAUCACUGAAUCAACAACAGUAGAUUCACCGAAUACAUCAGAUAACAAUAUCAAUACAUAUAUAUCAUCAAUUAAAUUAUCAUCAUUUUGGCGUAUUCUAUUAAAUGGACCUAAAUAUAAUAAUAAUAAUAAUCAAUUAUGUCCAAUCACUGAAUUUCAAUCAAAGAAACAUCGUAAGAAAUUGAAUAAACGUCGUGAACAAUAUAGUACAUUAUUCUCUAUGGAAACAACAACAACCACCACUACCGCCGCCAACACCACCCCCACCACAACAACAAAGAAUAUAGAAAAUAAAACUAAAAAAAUGAGUUUAUUAAUUGUAGGACAUCGUGAAACACGUGAAUGGGCAACACGUUGUUUAAAUUUAUUAUUAAAAUUAGAAAUCAUUACAAAUCAAGAUCGUUUUAUAAAACAAAUCAAUGAGAAUAAUAAUAAUAUAGAUACUGAAUUAUCUGGUUUAAAUGUUCGAUCAGCUAUAUUUAAAAAAUUACAAAAAAAUAAAACAAAUUUCAAUAAAGUAUUACAAAGAAUACUAAACGAUUCAUUAUUUCAAUUGGAAGUUGAUGCACGUGUACCUAUUUCAGAAGAAUGGUCAAAUGCGUUAUUAUCUAAUUUAAUUUAUCUUGGACAAUUAUUACAUUUAAGUGUUGGACGUAAACCAGUAUUGAGAAUAUUUCGUAUUGCUAAUAAAAUUGCAUUGGAUGAAUUAAACAAUAGACCACAAUAUUAUUGUCAAAGGCUACUGGCGUUGAAAUUGACAACUGGCCUUUUAUUACGUUUACCCCAUCCGAAUACAACGCAAUUAUUUGAUAUGUUCUCACUAAAUACUCAACCUUCAAGUGGUUCUGACAAUCAAUCAGAUGAAAAUCCAUCCGUUGAAAAACAAGUUCCAGCUUAUUUCGCCUACUUAAGAUCUGCUUCGAAAUUAAUAAGUCGAGAAUUCCGUCAGCGUGAACGAUUAGCUUUUACAGCAGCUUCAUCGUUAGCUUCAGCUGUCAACGAUGAUACAACAGAUAUUGGCGCCAGAAUACGACUACGUGGUAUGCAUCUUUCUAGAGAACUUACUGUCAGAGCGAAAUCAAGACAAAGAAGAGCACAGGCUCGCCUCCGUCGUGCACUCAUGUCAGGUACAAUUAGACCAGAGAGUGCGAACAGUCUUGUUGCCUCUGUAUCAGCUGGAAUGGCAAAGGCAGGACCUGAUCAAUUAGUUGAAUUAAUUGAGUCAACUGAAUCUGCUCUUACCCAAGAACUUGGUGGUGGAAAUCACCAACUCAUUCAAAUUAUAUGCAGUCGUGCAUCGUUAGGCGCUCGUGCUAUUCGAGAACGACGUAAUUUGCAUAAAGCCACUCGUAAUGCUCUUGGCAUGGCAUGGAAUGGUCCAGUAAAAAAGAAAUCCAAGCUACCAGAUGUAAUAUCUCAACCUUUGGAAAUGAAUAAUUCCAGUGAGAACGAAAUUCACACAUCUAAUCGGUUGCAAAAAAGAAAAUUAUCUCCGAAUAAAGAACAUAAUCAAAAAGCCACACAGCACAAGAAAACGAAGAAACCGCGAAUAACUUUGUGA